AUGAGUUAUAAACUUGUAAAAUCGUGUUAUUCGGAGUUCGGUGCAAUACCAUCAGGGGUACCCCAAGGCACAAAACUUGGGCCAUGGCUGUUCGUUAUUAUGAUUAAUGACCUUGUCUCUCUGGGUAAAGAUAUGCGGAAGUUUGUUGAAGAUUCAACCAUUAGUGAAACCAUCCUGAAAAAUGAAGUAAGUCAAAUAAAAGAUGCAGUGGACGACCUUGCCAACCAGUCCAGAGCAGAUAAAUUCCAACUUAAUGAAUCUAAGUGCAAAGAAAUGCGGAUCUGCUUUUCCAAAGUGAAGAAAGACCUGGGGCCGGUUUACAACUGGCCCAUGGAACCUAUCACAAUAAAUGAUAAAGUUCUGGAAAUUGUAGUCCAUGCUAAGAUCUUAGGUCUGAGAGUAUCAAAUAAUUUGAAGUGGAACGAGCAUGUUACUGAAAUUGUUAAAAAAGCGUCCAAACGACUUUAUUUUUUUAUCUCAGCUGAAACGUUCUAA